GUUGUUGUGUGUGAGCGUGAAAAAAACUAAAAUUAAAAUCGUGUGUUUCAAGCAACAUUUCCACUCAACGAAAAUGCUUGUUUGCUGCAAGGAAAGACGCUGCAACGGCAACAACAAAAACAUCAGGAACCAGACCAACAGCAACAACAGCAACUAGCCCAGCAAGAGCAACAGCGACAGAAACCGAGUUGGGGGGGGAAACAAGUUUUUUUUUUUCUUUUCGUUUUUGGAUUUUGUGCGCGCUCUUUAUCUUUAUCAAGGUGAAACUGCGCGCGCCUCGCUCCAGCUAUUACUUAAAACUCGCUCUAUAUAUAUAAAUAAAUAUAUAUAUAUGUGUAUAAAAGAAAUAAAACAUCAAUUCGGGUUCAGUUUUUGAGAUUUCGGAACAAAACAAAAACAAUAUACAAUAUCGAGCAAAGAAGAAGAAGAAGAAGGCCAACGCAAAGGCAAUUUGGCGGCGAUUUGCAAAUACAACAACAACAGUAACAAGAAGAAGAAGAAGAGGAACAACCAACACACAAACGCUAGAUGGCGCACGCAUACAUGUGAAAGCGUUGGAAACCCACAUACACGCCCAGUGGCUAUUUUGGGCAAAAAAAUAAUAAAAAAAAAAGGAAUAUUUACGAUAAAUAUUAACUCGAAUACAGUUUCUUUGGCCAGUUUAUGGAGACCAUCGUAUAGGAAACAACAAAAAGGAUAAACAAGCGUGGGAGGAGGAAGAAGAGGAAGAAGAAGAAGCAGCAGCAGCUGCAACAUAAACAAAAACCCCAAAAUGUUGCCCGCCAAUAGAAGUAGCAGUAGCAGUAGCAGUUAUAGCCACAGCGGCAAUAUAAAUAAUACCAAUAGAUGCCUCAUCAAAUCAGCCAUUGAGCGAACUGUGGUCCGCCUGAAGGAAACCGCAACCACAGCCGUCGCCGCCACACCGGGAACCCCCAGAUCCAAAUCGGAGGUGGAUGUUACCGAAGUGGAAUACGAUAUUAUCAACUACUAUGCCGAUUCGUCGCCCAGGAUGUCGCCCCGGAUCGUUGUUAAUCCACGCCAGCCAAUAUCGCCGGUAUCUGCACGCCCUGGCAGCACCAUCAGCAGCAACAGUAGUUGCUCCAGUCCAGCAUUGGACUCCGGCAGUGUUGUUGUUGUGGGUGCUGUCCCGACGAGGAGAACGGUGACGGAACAGUCUUCAUGUGCGGCAGCCGGCGGUGAGGAAGUGUCGCAUCCGGUGGGAGAGAGAAAGUCACAGUCACAGCAGGCACACGCCCUGCCCAUGUCCCGGGCCCGGGGCGGCGGUGGAGUGGCGCUCAGUCGCCUGCGCCGGCAGGCAGCCAUCGUUCCAGCUCGCUCCAUCGCAACAGACUCUAACAGCAGCUCCUCGUGCAGCUCCGACAGCUCCGGCGGUUCCAGUCCCACACCGACCUCGCCCUGCUCCACGCUGGGCGUCAAUAUGCGCGUCACUGGCCAGUGCAGCCAGGGGGGCCGUAAGUACAUGGAGGAUCAGUUCUCGGUGGCCUACCAGGAGUCGCCGCUCACCCACGAGCUGGAGUAUGCGUUCUUCGGCAUCUACGACGGGCACGGCGGCCCGGAGGCGGCUGUCUUCGCCAAGGAGCACCUCAUGCUGGAGAUUGUGAAGCAGAAGCUGUUCUGGUCGGACAAGGACGAGGAUGUGUUGCGGGCCAUACGCGAGGGCUACAUCGCCACGCACUUUGCCAUGUGGCGGGAACAAGAGAAAUGGCCACGAACUGCCAACGGGCACCUAAGCACAGCCGGCACCACCGCCACCGUGGCCUUUAUGCGGCGGGAGAAGAUCUACAUCGGUCAUGUCGGGGAUUCCGGGAUCGUGCUGGGCUACCAGAGGAAGGGAGAACGCAACUGGCAGGCCCGCCAACUAACCACCGACCACAAGCCCGAGUCGCUGGCGGAGAAGACGCGGAUCCAGCGAGCCGGCGGCAAUGUGGCCAUCAAGUCGGGAGUGCCGCGAGUGGUCUGGAACCGUCCCAGAGAUCCGAUGCAUCGAGGUCCCAUCCGGAGGCAGACAUUGGUCGAUGAUAUACCCUUCCUGGCGGUCGCCCGAUCCCUGGGCGAUCUCUGGAGCUACAAUUCCCGGUGCAAGGAGUUCGUAGUCAGUCCCGAUCCCGACGUUAAAGUCGUGAAAAUAGAUCCGAGUACCUUCAGAUGCCUGAUCUUUGGCACCGAUGGUCUGUGGAAUGUGGUGACGCCCCAGGAGGCGGUUGACAGUGUGCGCAAGGAGCACCUGAUCGGCGAGAUACUGAACGAGCAGGACGUCAUGAAUCCCAGCAAGGCGCUGGUCGAUCAGGCCCUCAAGACCUGGGCCUCCAAGAAGAUGCGGGCGGACAACACGUCCGUGGUAACUGUGAUACUAACACCAGCGGCCUCCCACAAUUCCACCUCCGAUUCAAAGCAACAAGCUGCUCCCCAACUACCGACGUCCAUCCGUGACCCCGAUAUGGAUGUGGAUCUGCUGCUGGAGGCGGAGGCGGCCGAGGACGAUGAGGAGCUGCCUGGUGAUAGCGAGAAUAGCUGUCCGGAGGAGUUCUUCAUCGAGGAGGAGGAGUAUCACCUGGAAACACCCUACAGUGCCUUGGCGAAGCGACAUUUGCCGCCGGAGCCGUAUCGCAACUUUGAUUACUUUGGCCUGGACGAGGAUGAGAUGGAGGAGGACGAGGAGCCGCCGAACGACCACGACGAGGAGGAGGAGCACGUGGAGGCAGUGGAGAAUUGGUUCAAGCCGCGGAAGACAUGGCGGAAGUCGACCAUCAACAACUCGUGGACCGGCGGCAUCGAACCAGAGCCAGAUCCCGAGCCGGACGAGCGCACUCGCCUGCAUGUCGGCGCCCCUGACAUCACCAUGUACUCCCACACCAGCAUCGACAAGUCCGCCAUUUACGGCAACUCCGUUGUAGCGCCGGGCAGCGCCAAUCCCGAACUGGACCAGCAUCUGGAGAGCAGCUACAGCUUCGCCGAGUCCUACAACACGCUGCUCAACGAGCAGGAGGAGCAGGAGGCGCGAUCUCGUUCGGCGGCCGCUGCAGCAGCUGCUGCCGUUCAUUCCCAGUCCGCUGCCCAGGCGGCGGCCUCCUUCAGUGUCCAGGAGAUGAUCCAGGAGCAGCAGCACUACCAGCAGCAGGAGGGCUACUCGCUGACGCAGCUGGAGACGCGUCGCGAGCGCGAGCGCGUGGCCCAGGAACAGCCGUGGCAACAGCCAGGGGAGCUGCUCGAACUGGACGCCCUGCUGCAGCAGGAGCGGGCCGAGGAGGAGCAGGUGGCCCUGGAGCAGCAACAGCAGCGGGAACAGCAAAUGGAGGUGGCCAGCAGUAGUUCCGGCCAGCAGGAGUUCCACUAUCCGGCCGCCGAUUGGAGUGCAUCGCUGCCGGACGACCUGGAGCCCGAACUAGAACCCGAACCCGAGCUCCAAGACAACGAAGUCAGCUCCACACUGCCACCCACUCCGACGGAGCAAAUGGAGGUUGUCGGAGAAGAAAUGGAAGAGGCGCCGGAGCCGCAGAUGCCGGCCAGAAAGCCGGAAAUCAAACCUGCCCCGACGAAGCCACAAAAGCCGGAGAAGAAGCCGCCGACGAACCAGGAGCAGGGACUCGUGUCUAUGCUGGCGGAAACGGUGGCGGAAAUCCGCAAGGAAGACGCCCAUGCUGUGCAUUACAUUUUCGAGCAGAUCCAGAAGCUGCAGGACGCGGACAUGGCGCCGGUGUCGGACAAGCCGGGCGUGGGCGAGGCCCUGGAAAGAGCCGGCGUCCUGGCCGGAGAAUCCUCGGCCGGCAACGUCUCUGGAAGCAACUCGAACCCCCGCAUCCGCCAGAUGCGACGCUACCGCAACGUGCCCAACGAAAACCACCAGCACAUGCAGACGCGCCGCCGCCAGAUGUUCAAGCACAGCAAGCCCAAGUCCUUCAUCGGCGCCAGUGCCGCCGCCAUAGUUGCCUAUGGCGACAGCAGUGGAGCCGGCGCGGGAAUUGGAGCCACGCCUAGCCACACCGUGGAGGGACGCGUGGGUGGCGGCGGAGUGGGCGGAUCUGGCGUGGAAGUGGCCAGCAGCAGGGAGAGCAACGCCUCGGCGGCCAGUCGUCGGCGCAGCGGCGCAGUGGUGGCCGCCAGUUCGAGCACCGGUGCCGGCAGCUCCAUGAUGAUGACGCGGCGCAGUCACAGCCUCACGGUCAGCGGCGGCGUCAACAAGCGCCAGUUGCGCAGCAGCCUCUGCAGCCUCGGACUGGGUCUCGGCCUUGACAUGACCAAGCGGACGCUGCGCACCCGAAAUAUUCCCAUAGCUACGGGUGGCGGGGAAGCUGGCAGAGCGCAGCCGGACGUCCCAGUGGUGGGCAGUGCCGGAGCGGCCAGUGUUCGUACCCCGGGUGCCGGCGGCAGUACCCCACGUCCGGUUCCGUCGCGGCGUCUGAAGCGGAUCCACGAGGACAAGGAGCAGAGACGAAGCCUGCGCCGGACCACCCUGAGUGCCAGUUCCAGCGGCAGCCUGGGCGGAGUGGCCAGCGGAGGCUCAUCCCAGGGCAAUGCCAAGUCGAAUCGCCUCCAGGCCUGCAACGGAGCCAUCUCCGCCCGGCCGCCGCCAUCGCCGAAGAAACUCAACGCCGCCGUGCCCACGUUGGCGAUUGGAACCCGGGCCUACACAGCUGCCUUGGCCGCGGCGGCGGAUCACCUGAACAAGCGCUGGUCCCUCCGCAGCAGCUCCAACAGCAGCAACUCCCAAAACAACAACAACCUAAUCACUGCCAUCAGUUGCUACAGUGCCCGGAGUCGGGCAGCAGUCGUCGGCGCUGGAGCAACUGCCUCACCCAUGGGCCAGCCAGGUGGAGGGGGUACUCGACGACGCUGAGGCUUAAUCUAAACAUUAGACAGAGACAGCAAGUCCACAAAGAAAGAGACAGACACUAGAGAAACGAUAGAGAGAGAGAGAGAGAGUAACAAACCCAAUUCGGCGAUUGGGCGAGCAACUUGCAAGUACAAAUCCUAAGCAACGGAAAACCUAAAAUAUAUAGUUCUACAAAAUCGACAAAUGAUAUAGGGGAUAGGCAUGCGAAACACAGAAAAUAGUAAUCCCCAUUCCCAGCCUCCAGAAACCCAAGAAAAAAAGGGGAAACCCCCGAAACCUUGAAAUGUAAUCUAAUACAAAUUUUUGUACACACACAACCCCCAAGGCAAUUGGCAUCGUUUCACUGUACAUAGCGACGUUAUAGAAAGCUAUAUCUAACAAAACUAAACAAUAAAUUUACACAAAAUAUAUAUUUCUACUUAAGACCUAGCAAUAAAAACAAAUUACAAGUGUACGGAAAAUCAGUAGCAUGUAAACAUAUACAUAUAUAUAUUUUUUGUAACGAAAAACAGCUAAAUAGCAUGUAAACUUCUUAACAAUACACUCUAUUAUAUUAAUAUUCAUUUAUAAUUUUUAUCAGAAAGUAUUUCUUUACAAAAUGUAAUGCAAAACUACAUUGAAUUGUGUGCGAAUGUCGAGUUGUCUAAGCUAGUUUUUAAAUUUUAAAGCCUAAGUUACCAGAGAUGCUAAUAACGUUAAUUUUUUUUUCUCGUCCCAUUUUUUGUGCUUAUCGUUUAAGAAUAAUUGCGUAUUUAUUUUUCAUGUCAUCACGCUCUUUGUAUUGUCCAAGGAAAUACAUUAAAUAUUUUUUUCAUAGUU